GGAGAGCACAGCGUGCGGUGGGGAAUGCAUGCAGCUACCGGGAGCCGGGCACAUCCAGCUGCUCACUGCACCCAAGGGUGCCAGGCAAGGACGCGUGGCUGGGCAAGGCGAGGGGUGCUGGGCAUCCUGCCUGGGGGCAACCCUGAUGCCAGGGACUGGGGAGCCCUCACCGCAUGGGUGGGUAACCAUGGGCAGAUGGAGGGGUCCCAGCAUCCUGCUGGCCGUACUGCUCCUCCUGCGCCCGCUGCCCGCUCCAGCGUGUCCCCAUACCUGCCACUGCUGGGCAGGGGACGUGGACUGCCGCCAGCGUGCCCUGCACGAGGUGCCGCCGCUCCUGCCCACCAAUGCCAGCACCCUCUGGCUCGGCUACAACCUCAUCGCCGUGCUCGGGGCCCGUGCUUUCCCCUCCCUGCCGGUGCUGCUGCGGCUCAGCCUCCCCCAUAACCGCUUGGAGAAGAUCCACAGGCAGGCGCUGCUGGGGCUCAGGGAGCUGCAGGAGCUGGACCUCAGUGACAACUACCUGUCUGUGCUGAACCCCGAGACCUUCCUGCCUCUCACCAGCCUGUCUAUGCUCAACUUAGGCUACAACAGGCUGGAGGAGCUGGAGGCGGGGGUGCUGCAUGCCUUGCCCCAGCUCCAAGCGAUCUUCCUGAAUGGAAAUCCCUGGAUGUGCUCCUGCAGCAUCCUGCCCCUCUGGCACUGGCUGGGACACAACAGGGAGAAAGUGCCAGAGAGGAGUUCUCUCCAGUGCGUCUUCCCAGAGUCGCUGAACACAUACCCGAUCACGGCCUUUGGGAACGAUUCCUUCCAGCAGUGUCAGAAGGUCCCGCUGUCAGCCCAGCACUACGCUGCCUUCCUGCUCAUCGGGCCCUUCUCCUUCCUGGCCAGCAUCUUCUGCUGUACCUUGAUAGGCUUCAUCGUGGUCAUUUACCAGCAUCUACGCAAGGAACCCCAAACCUGGAGGAGACCCCUCAGCAGUGGGGGUCACUGAGUCAGGGCCAGCAGGGGCUGAGGGUGCCUUCUGCUGAUCCUUUUCCUCUGGCUUACCCCCUCUUGCCCCUUUGUGUGCAUUUCAGUGUGCACCAUUUACCUCCUUGUGUCUUUCAGUGCCCUCAGCACCCUCCACCCUGCACUUGGAGACUCUCAGCAAUCCUUCACAUGUCCCCGGUGUCCCAUGGUUUGGUUUUUGGUGUAUCCACAUGCCAUCUGUUUGGCUUUAUGUGUACCCCAGGGCUCUCAGUGGGCCUAACUGUGCAUUCAAGGAUCUCUUGGGUGCUUUGGGGGUAAUGCAGAGCCUCCAUCCAUGUGGCAGAUGGAAGCAGAAUCAUAGAAUCAUUGAACCAUUUGAGUUGGAAGGAAUCUUUAAGGCCAUUUGGUCCAACUCCCCUGCAGUGAACAUGGACAGCUACAGCUCUGCCAGGUGCUCUGAGCCCCAUCCAGCCUGACCCUAAAUGUCUGUAGAAAUGGGGCGUCUGGUGGUGCUUCACUACUCUUAUUGUAAAAAACCUUUUUCUUAUAUGCAAAAGUACAACUGGGGUGGAGGGGGCAACUCUCACAGAGGAGAAGCAGUCCCUGUGCACUGCAAGGCAACUGGAGCCACAAUGAGAUGCCUGUGAACAUCAACCUUGCUUCAUUAUCUCCAGUGGCAUAGAAACGAUCUCCUGCCUGUGCAAGAGCUUUGGGACAAGCCAGGGAUGUGGCAUCCUUUGGCAAGCUUUUGGCAGAGGUUAAAUAAAGCACACAGAGAAUAAACUAAAUGUAACCUCA